CUCUCUCUUCUCUCUUCAUUUCCUUAAUUUGUGGUCCAACCUCUUUAUAAUCUCUCUUAUCACUUUCACCAUUUCUUCAUCUCCUUCUCCAUUCCUCCCUCUCUUUCUCCUCGGUACCAUAUAUAAUAACUCUUCUCUUCUCUUCGCAUUUAUCAUAUACAUAAAUAUACCCUUUCACAUAUAUUUAUCCCCUUAAUAUCAGCAAAACCUGAUCCUUCCUCAUUCUUAAGCACAUAACACGAAAAGGGUACUUCUUCUUUUUCAGCUUACAAGCGAGCAUACAUAUAUAGAGACAUAUUUUAGUUGAGGAUGUCUAGUAGAAGAUCAAGGUCGCAAGCAGCUACUUCUUCUAGGAUCACCGAUGAUCAGAUCGUUGAGCUGGUGUCAAAGUUACGCCAACUUCUCCCGGAGAUUCGAGAUAGACGUUCCGAUAAGGUAUCAGCUUCUAAAGUUUUGCAAGAGACCUGCAACUACAUUAGAAGCUUGCACAGGGAAGUGGACGAUCUCAGCGAAAGGUUGUCUCAACUGUUGGCCACCAUUGAUGCUGAUAGUGCAGAGGCUUCCAUAAUUAGGAGUUUGAUUAUGUAAUAGGAAGAAAAAUUGGAUUAGUAUCUUAAUUAAUUUAUCCUUUUAUAUUUGUUACUAUAGGGUUUUAGAUU